UUCACUGCGCUUGCGCCCCGCGAUUCAAGAUGGCGGACAGUGCGGAACUAAAGCAAAUGGUGAUGAGCCUCCGAGUCUCUGAGCUGCAGGUGCUUUUGGGUUACGCAGGAAGAAACAAGCACGGCCGCAAACACGAACUCCUUACUAAAGCGCUUCAUCUGCUCAAGGCUGGCUGUAGUCCCGCUGUCCAAAUGAAAAUCAAAGAACUUUACAGGAGGCGGUUCCCGCAAAAAAUAAUAUCUUCUGCAGACUUGUCCAUCCCAAGCGUCCACUCAACGUCCAUGUCAUCCCCUUUGUCAUCCUCUACCAUUCCACAACUUGCUUUUGAUGGCCACCCGGCAACCUCACCAUUACUUCCUGUUUCUCUUCUGGGACCUAAACAUGAACUGGACCUGCCCCAUCUGACCUCAGCACUCCACCCAGUCCAUCCGGACAUAAAGCUUCAGAAGUUGCCAUUUUAUGACUUGUUGGAUGAACUGAUAAAACCAACGAGUCUAGCAUCAGAUAAUAGCCAACGAUUUCGGGAAACCUGUUUUGCAUUUGCCCUGACUCCACAGCAAGUGCAGCAGAUCAGCAGUUCCAUGGAUAUUUCUGGAACCAAAUGUGAUUUCACUGUGCAGGUCCAGUUAAGGUUUUGCUUAUCUGAAACCAGUUGCCCACAAGAAGAUCACUUCCCGCCAAAUCUUUGUGUGAAAGUUAAUGGAAAACCUUGUAGCCUUCCGGGCUAUCUUCCUCCAACUAAAAACGGGGUUGAACCAAAGCGACCAAGCAGACCAAUCAACAUUACUUCACUGGUGCGACUAUCCACAACAGUACCAAACACAAUUGUUGUCUCUUGGACUGCAGAAAUAGGAAGAUCUUACUCGAUGGCUGUCUACCUUGUCAAACAGCUGUCCUCGUCUGUGUUGCUACAGAGGUUACGAAUAAAAGGCAUCCGGAACCCCGACCACUCCAGGGCACUAAUCAAAGAGAAGCUGACAGCAGAUCCUGACAGUGAAAUAGCAACAACCAGUUUAAGAGUUUCUCUUCUAUGCCCACUUGGCAAAAUGCGACUAGCAAUACCUUGCAGGUCUCUGACUUGCUCACACCUUCAGUGUUUUGAUGCCACCUUGUACAUUCAGAUGAAUGAAAAGAAGCCGACUUGGGUGUGUCCUGUCUGUGACAAAAAAGCACCCUAUGAACAUCUAAUAAUUGAUGGGUUGUUUAUGGAAAUCCUGAAAUAUUGCACAGAUUGUGAUGAAAUUCAGUUUAAGGAAGAUGGGUCAUGGGCUCCUAUGAGAUCAAAAAAAGAGGCCCAAGAGGUGACCACAUCUUUUAAUGGUGUAGAAGGCUGCUUAAGUUCUUCUAUGGAUCAUCAGGUGUCUUCUCAUCAGUCAAAUAAAAACAAGAAGGUUGAAGUAAUCGACUUAACCAUUGACAGUUCAUCAGAUGAGGAGGAAGAGGAACCACCUGUCAAGAGGAGAUGUCCAUCACUGUCUCCUGUGUCACCCAUUAACAGCAAGAGCCUUUUAAGUCUGCCCCACCAAGUCUCUCCUGUUUCAAGGACUCCCAGCCUUCCAGCUGUUGACACAAGCUACAUCAACACCUCACUCCUGCAGGAUUACAGGCAUCCAUUUCAUAUGACUCCCAUGCCUUACGACCUCCAAGGUUUGGACUUCUUUUCUUUCUUACCAGGAGACAAUCAGCAUUACAGCACUUCCAUUUUGGCGGCCGCAGCUGCCGCCGUCUCCACUUCCGAUGAUCAAGAACUCUUGCACUCCCGGUUUUUCCCAUACACUUCGUCGCAGAUGUUCCUGGACCAGCUGAGCACAGGAGGGAGCGCCACUCUCCCCGCCACGAAUGGCAGCAACAGCGGCAGCAACAGCAGCCUCGUGUCCUCCACCAGCAUUCGGGAGGCCCACGGUCACCCCGUGGCCAGCAGAAGUAACACAGACCCCACCUCUCUCUUCGGCGUCAUCCCAGACAUUAUUUCUUUGGACUGAGCUUGGUUGAGGUGUCCCUGGACUCGUGGGCGAAGAG